AUGGCUGCUCCUUCGGACCAGGACAAAUGCACGCGAACAAAGGAUUUCACGUUUAGCGGCAUCUGCCGGGUGACCUGCCUUUACGGCCAGGUGCAGGUGUUUGGCUUUGCCAUCGGCCAGGGCCAGCCUCCCCAGGAUGUCUACUCCACCUACACCCACUCUCGCCUGACCAUCAGCUCGGUUCAUUACUUACUGCCCGAGAAAAGCAAGAAGGAGAUAAAAAGGGAAGCCCGGACUUUGCUCCGACCUCAUCUUAACCGAGAUGACAGGUGUUGGGCGAUGAAGAAUUUUUCUCCUCUGUGUUCUAUUGUACUGCUAGAACGACUGAGAAGCUCCACCGUGAACUUCAUCAACAGCCAUCCAGGCUUGUCUUAUAUUUUCUCACAAGAGAGUCCAGCAUCCCAGGUUAAUGCUGAAUCCUUAGCGUUGCGGUCCGUGGGCAUUAGGAAAGAGAAAAAGAGAAAGAAUGGUCUUCGCCUAACUGAGAGUGCCCUCUCCGCCCUGGAAGAGCUGCUUGGCGCGGCCUGUGAGGAGGCCGACGGCUGCCCGGUCAUUCUGGCCUGCGGGCCCCAGGACAUCGGAAAGUCCACUUUUAAUAGGUACCUGAUCAACCAGCUGUUGAACAGGGUUGGGGCCAGGUGUCGUGUCUCGACGCAAGGCCUUCCCGACGACGGGCUCCUGCUGCUCGUCGACCUCGUCCGCCUGCUGUCCCCCAGCCACGUGGUGCAGUUCAGCUCCAGCCGCAGCCAGUACAUGCCGCGCCUCACGCCCGACUUCGUGGACGACACGGACGGCCUGUACACGAAGAGCAAGGUCAAGGCCAGGGACAGGGGCUUCCGCCUGGCUGAAUUCGCGGACGCUCUGGAGCUUGCCGACGACGACAAGGACAGCCCCGUGGUGUUCACGGGCCACAAGCUCAUGUGCGUGCAGUCGGAGUUCGCGUUCAGGAAGACGUCGAGAAACAGGGAGUGGCACAACAGGAUUUUCCGGGACUUGGCGGUGCUGGGUUACCUGGGCCAGCUGCAGCCCCCAGUGCCAAGACCGCUCUGCCCCUUGCAAGCUCUGAAGCCCUAUCAGCGGGAGGUUCUCUGGCGCGCUUUCCAGGAGCAGAGAAGGCGCCGUCCCGGAGAGCCUGAGGAGUCGCUCCGGGAAUGGACACUGCAAGAGAACCACCACAAGGAAGUGCGGCCUGAGCGGCUGCUUGGCCUGGAGUCCACGCACUGA